CCCGCGCCCGGGGCCGGGGCCGGGGCAGGCAGCGCCGGACCGCCUCCUUCUUAAAUAUGAAAAUUCAUCUAGAAAAAGAUUUAGAAGCAGAACGCCAAAUUUUACUUCAGGAGCAGAGAAAGUGCCGAAUUCGGGCACGUAAACAUUGUGUAGAGUCAAACCGAAGAAGGAGAGCCCUUGAAGAGAAACACAAGGAAGAAGAAGAAAAAGAACAAAGAAUCCGGGAGCAGAUUCUUCAGCAAAGGAAACAGAAGCUGGAGGAAGUUACUGAAAGAUUCCAACGUGCCCAUCUUCCUCCUCCUCACCGCAGGAAAGCAGUCCUUGGGAAACCAAUUCCCCCAUUAGAUGAGGCCCUGGAACAAAUUCAAGGAUCUGACAUAACAUCUUUGUCCAACAGAUCCCCCAGAUACAGCAGAACUAUAGACUUUCCCUUGGCUUCAGCAGUGACAAGGACUGGUUCCAGGUAUCAAAAUCACCACUCAGACAAGGUUAACUUGAACGAAGAGAUGCAGGAAAAUAGAGCAAACCUGGAUUUCGAUCAGGUCCUCUUUCAGCAAAAUCUGGAAGAAAUCCAGGGACUCUUAGAAGACCAGCACCUGAGCAGUUUGCAGCAUGUUCAUCAAGAAGUUAAUCAUCUUAUCAAUUCUGAAGCUCUGUCAAGUGUAGACAGCCUUGAGGCUGGGGAGCAUGAUGAAAUUUAUGAAACACUCACUAAAGCUCCUUCUUUUUCAACAAAGUGGAACUCUAUAUCACAUGAUUACCAGAGCCCACAAUCAAGAAAUCAGAGUUGCUUCGGUUCAGACGGAAUGACUCUCUCUAAAAUGCGGCACGUGAAUAAUUGGCUCACAAACUUAGGUGAUAAAAAUACCCAGGCAGCCACACCUUUUGAUGCCAUUUUAAUUAAACCCAGUGUUCUUACUCCCAGUGAACAUUUAAAUCAUCAAGAGAAGAAUUCACCUGCUCCUACUGGAUCUGGACAAAGACUAACUGCCGAUACAGCAUCCUCUGGAAAUGGGCUGGGUACUUUUAAACAAGAUAAAAAUAAAGAGAAGAACUCAGAACCCAGCACCACGUGGAAAGCUGGCUCUCUUUCUUCUGGAAUGUUCAAAAGAGAGAGACCCUACUUUACUGUAAGCCCAACCUUUCAGUCGAGAAAACCCUCUACUGCUCUAACUUCUCCUACACAUGAAGCAGUUCAAAUUUCCGACUAUGAAGAAAAUACUGAAUUAACCCAGCGAAGGAGAAUUGUGGCACAUGCUUCAAAUCCACCCACCACACCUUUAAUCGUAUCCGGUGGUCAAUGGAGUGAUUGUACAGAUACUUAUAACAGCACGUGCAGCAUUAGUUCCUUACGAAAGAAUGUGCACAUACAAGGUACACACGCCAUGCAGUGUGCCAAUUAUCUAGGGUACAAAGACGAAAAGGUCCAAGAUUUUGAGGGCACUGAACAGGAGGAGACUUUUUCAGUUCCAGAUUCACCUAGUGCUUCCAGUGUAUUCAAUAAAUCAAAUCAACCGGAAAAAAAGGAGCAAAAUGACAUAGGGAUGGCGGUCUCGCCAUCCAGCAGGACUUCUCUUUCUGACUUGGUUGAGCAACACAGAAAAAUGAAUCAUAGUACUCAUGAAAGAAAUGGAGUGUGUCUGCUCAAAAGCAUUCUAAAGAAAGAAUCCAAAUAUGAAAACAAUUACUUCAAGGCCCUACUUAUCAACCAAGGAAUCUGUUUUGGAAACCAAACCGCAGCCUCUAUCCGCGACAGCGUCGAACUGACGAAAGUCAAGGGAAAGGGCUCAGAAGGUCAGAAGGCCAGUAAAAAGCUGCGGUGGUUUGAUGAGAUAAGCAAAAGAGGAACAGAGGAUGAAGACAGGGGUUCAAAAAAGAAUCAAACUGGGAUAACCCAGGUGCUGUUGUCACCCUGUUGUGUUUCAACGGAAGUCAGUGCUGCUAAUAACACAAGGAGUAGUCCCUGUGGUACUCUAAAUCCUGCUAGUAAUGAAACCCCCAAAGACGAUCCUCUCAACAUCCCCAAAAUUGCUUCCAUAAAAGAAUCGGAAAAAGAUCGUGUGCCUUUGAACUCUCUCGUUCCAUCAGGUUACCACUUUGCUAAGCAAGCCUGGUUAGCCUCAAAAAGUGCAGCGGGUAAACUCUCUGUGUCUGCUGAGGAGGCUAAAUCUCCAAAAACUAGCCCACGGAGGGGGAAACCAAAGGUCAUUCGAAGAGCACGAUGUGCCAAGGGCCCAUCAGCUUUUGCAUCUAAGAGCAGAAAGGGCACUGUCAUCCGACCCCAGUCCGCGAGGGACGCCAACAAGGUUAUACAAACUCAGGGCAAAAUUCUUAUACCUCAUCCUCCUCUUCAACUUACAUCAAAUAGCAGGAUGGGUAAAAAUGCAAUGGAUUCUCAAUGUCAACCAGUAAAAUGUUCAGAACCUCAAAAGAACGCAAGCCAUCCUUAUCUACAUUCAAAGUGGGAUUCUUCACCCAAACAUGUGGUAACCUUGGGCAUUCAAGAAAGCAGUCCUUCGCUAUGGAACAAUACUUGUACCUCUGACUUAGCCACUGUGAUGCCAUUUCGACCUUCCAGUAGCAUCUCUGAAGGCAAGAUCUUGGCAAAGACAAACCAUACCACCACCAGUGCUCUACAGGUGGCCCGUGGCAGUCCUGUUUAUGAAGAAAGUUGUCCCAAACUGGACCACACCCCUACUGAAGAAGAAAUUGCUAUAUUGUGGAAAGGGGUAAAUAGUGCCCUGGCUCAAAACGAGAACACUACAGGUGAUUUGCAACAACGUGAUGGGGCCUAUUACAAUAAUUCCUACCUUACUAACUUGCCAGCUUCUGAGCCCAGCUUGUCCGGGGUUAAUAUUCACGGCAGUACCACUCUGAAUAAUUUGAAAUUAAAUUCUACAAAGAAUGGAACUCUCUCUUCUCCAUCAAGUGAAUCUACUGUUACCAGAAGAAAACAAAAUCUUGACAGCGGUGACAGUAAACACAGAGGUUUUGCAGAGCAAAGACGAGAGACUUCCAGUUCCAAGGGGACGAAAUGCAGUGACCGGGGACAGAACUCAGAACAUACUGUAAAACUGAGUCCACUUCGUUGUGAUUUUGAACCAGUGCAAACUUCCAGAGUUAUUUCUAAUGCUGAAGAAGUUUCAGAAAGCACUGCCCAGUUUCUACUGGCUGAAAAUCUAGUGAAGUCAUCGGCUCCUGAGGAUGAAAUUCUAAUUGCGAUGGAAACCAUGCAGCCCCACAAACCAACUACGACAUUAAACAAGACCCGGCAAUUAAACAUUAAUGCUCUCUCAUUUGAAGAACAGAAAAUCCUACAGUCUCUCGACUGCCUCAAUCAGAGAUUGCAAGAUGUCCAAGGAAUCAUUUGCAAAAACCCAUCCAUCAAAAGUAUUUUACAGCUUGCAUCACCUCUGAAAAGUCAGCCAUGGACCACAUCCCUUCCUAUGGAUCACAGAAUAUCAACUUAUUCUCGGUCACGAUUACAGAGAAAAUACUAAUGGAAUAUAAUAAAAACUGCUCUAGGGGAAUUCUGGUUUGAAGCUUUCCUUGUAUGUGUACAUAUAUAUAGACAGAGAGAUAGAAAGAUAGAUAAUAUAUAUUCUUGCAUUGAAAGACAUUUUAUGCACUACAUGAGAAAUCACAAAAUAUAACACUGGUAAUGGAUGUCAGUUGACUAGUUUACAUUUAUGAUAUUAAUUCUAUUUUAUUAUGCACUUUAUUGUUAAAUACAUUUUUAAAAGAAUGGAAAUACCUCAUUGUUUUUAAAUGAGCAUGCUACUGGAUGUAAAUUCACUGUAACUUUAAAAGAAAUAAUUAUUUUAUUAUUCAAGUUGUGGGUGAGCUGUACUCUUCAAGCUUCAUGAUUUGGGGAAUUCUGAAUAAAUUCUGUGCUGUUUUCUUUGAAGCAUUCUGA